AUGACGAAUAAGGUUCAACCCGUUGUUAUAAAGGUAGAAGAAAGCUCUGCUGUGAGCGAACAGCGAGAGAAAUGGACCUCGAAAGCUGACUUCAUAGCUUCCUGUAUCGGCUAUACCGUCGGACUUGGGAACAUCUGGCGGUUUCCAUACCUCUGUUACAAAAAUGGCGGAGGUAACUUUAUUAGUGUAGAUAUUUAUCAGAGCUCGGUCUUUUUACUCAGGGAUGUAGUUCAGAUUUUCAAGUACACACUUUAUUUAGAACCAUUUAGUACAACGGUGGCCUACUUUAUGGUCAUCUUCCCUUAUAUUGUGUUAUGCAUUUUGCUUGUUCGUGGUGUCACUUUGUCUGGUGCACUUGAUGGGAUCAUCUUUUAUGUCACACCAGACGUCGAAAAGCUCUUAGACUGUGUUUAUUUUUUAUACGUUUGGAUCGACGCUGCUACCCAAAUAUUUUUCUCCCUUAGUGUGGGCCUUGGAGGCCUGUUAACCUAUGCCAGCUAUAAUGAUUUCAAUAACAAUGUUUUCAGGGACGCAGUUUGGGUAUCGUGCAUCAACUGCGCGACCAGUGUGGGCGGAGGGUUUGUUAUCUUCAGUGCCAUUGGCUUCAUGGCUCACACCCUUAAUAGGGAAGUUGCACAAGUUGUAUCCUCUGGACAUGGUCUUGGCUUUGUGGCUUAUCCUGAGGGGAUCGCUCAAAUGCCAGCUGCACCUGUUUGGGCUGUGAUGUUCUUUAUGCUCUUCACUAUUGGACUUGGGAGUCAGUUUGUGUUUACAGAGACGACCAUCGCGGCUGUGAUGGACACAAUUCCUAAACUUCGUCCCUAUAAAGGAAGAUGCCUGUUCAUGCUUUGUCUAAUUUCCUAUCUAAUCGGGCUCUAUUGCGUCACUAAGGGAGGAAUCUAUGUCCUGAACAUAUUUGAUAGCCAAAGUGGAGGCUUUUCUUUGAUUUGUGUGGUUGCUCUCGAAGCUGUUGCCGUCAGUUGGGGAUAUGAGUUGAUAAACUCUCUGAAAAUAUCAAAGACAUGAUGAGAGGAAACCCAGCAACUACUUCGUCAUCUGCUGGAAUUGGAAG